GGGGCAUUUAGAAAAUCUUUGGCCCACUAACUGACCAUUUUAUCCAGAAAUUCGGGAGUGUGUUAUUCCUUCUACCUUAAAAUAGUUGUAUUAUGAUUUAGGGUGGCCCGUGUGCUGAACGCAAGAGACCUAUUUAAUUCCCACACUUACCUUACUCGAUCCCUUUACCUUCUUUGGAUUCGUUCCACUUUCAAUCGAUGAUUGACGAAGGUUAUAGAAUAUUUCGCGUGUAAACCCCCUAAAAUAGGGUAUAAAAUCGCGAAAAUAUUCCCCAUCUCGUGCCGAAUUACCCACACUUUUAAUGGAAUAUAUAUUAUAUAUAGGCUAUAUAUUUCCUUUUAAAUUAUUUUUAAAAAUAUAUAAUAUUUACAGGCCGUCGGCCAUGUUCGAAAACACCGAAAAGAUGACGUAACAGGGGCAGAAACACGAAAAAUACAAUAGUAAAUUUCUGCUUUUUUUUGUGUGUGUAAAUUUUUUUUUUUUAAAUUCCUGUUGGGUUUUAUUAAUCGAGUGAAGAACUUUGCCGCCAUUUUGUCUUUACUAGUCAUGCGCAAUAGGGCGAAUUAACAAUUAAGAAAAUCACGUCACACGUGCUUAAUUGUCGGGUCAUUCCGGCACGUGACCGUUUUCGAUAAACACCGGAAGCGGGAGGAAGGGGUCAGGACCCCAAAAUUGGUGGUAAAGAGGAAAAUGACGUAGGAACUACUUAACGUCGGCGGCGUAGUAUUACAGGAAGUGGCAGCAGGCCGACAAAGUUUUCAUUUUUAGUGGAGUUGAGACGAGGAAGUGCAGUCGUAUCACACUAGCUUCUUACUAAACGCUUAUUAAACGUGGUUUAACCUCUAAAAAUGAAUAUCCAUCGACAGAAUAAUGACGGACGGUAAUGUGGAUGAUGCUACCUAUUUGGUUCGUGUCAGAGCUCAGGUCAUGGCCAGGGACGAUUCGUCCGGAGGAUGGGUGCCCAUGGGCACUGGUGGACUCAGCAACGUAUGCGUGGGCAAAAGGAACGUGGACGAGUCCAGUCGACGUGAAUACGUCAUCUACGGUCGGAGGAUCACGGAUCAAACGGUCGUGCUGUGCUGCAGCAUCAACAGGGACUUUCAGUAUAACAAAGUGAUGCCCACCUUUCACCACUGGAGGAGCGGUGACAAGAAAUUCGGUCUGACUUUCCAGACGGCUGCUGAUGCACGAGCCUUUGAUAAAGUGGUUAGGUCGGCCAUUGACGAUAUUACGGACGGAACGGGUGAUUAUCUCCACAAUCACUACAAGGACGAAGAAGUGUUUAUGACUCUAGACUUACCAGUCGAUUCACGUUCUUCGUCGUCCAGCAACGGCAGUGGUGUGGUCGGUUGUCCCUCUUCGACGGCACUUAAUGUACCCAAAGAUGCCACGUCGUCCUCCUCGUCUCCGUACGCUCGCUCUCGUUCAAAUUAUCAUCAUCCUCAUCAUCGCAUGCAUUUCAUCCCAUCCAUAUGCACCGGCAACGGGGUGAGCAGCAGUGACGUCAGUAACGAAAACAAUUCUCAAACCGGAGAGGCACCCUCGAGAGUAACUAACGAGGAACUGUGGACUAAAGACAAAGCCUACGUCAAUCCCGACAUCGACAAGAUCGAGGUGAUGUCGGGGGAAUCUUACUCCUACGUUCAAUUUGCCAAAGAUAAAGGCAGGAUGGAGCACGAGUACUCCUAUCCCGUUAUGGAUUCGGUUAAACCUCAUAAGCAGGACACGUUGAGCAGUAUUACAAAGCACCAUUUGCAAGUGAUCACCACUCAACCCCCUCUGCUACCCACCAAAAAGAAGAAAGAAUGCCAAAGAGAACUCCAUUCGCCGCUGACCCGCUUACAGUGUCGACACUGUUUGGAGAUGUUCAGCGAAGAAGAGAACCAAAGAGGUAGCUGCGAGUACGCCCCCGACGAGGUGCUAGCUUGUAUCAGUACAAGCACCUGCAUAUCUUGUGCUCAGUGUAUGCUGUAUCAUUGUCUUUCUGACGCGGAGGGGGACUUCAAUCAUCAUCAUCCGUGUUCGUGCAACGGAUCUGAUCAACACUGCCACAGACACUGGAUUGGUUUGACGCUCCUUUCCAUUUUCGUACCUUGUUUGUGGUGCUAUUUGCCUCUUCGUGCCUGCCAUUCUUGCUGCUCCAGUUAUGGCGUUUGCGGGGGUAGACACGAGGCCAUGUAGUACGGAACGAUGUAGUGCCUGAUUAUUAAAACCUUCCACGUUUUGUCCUCGAAGAAAGGUUUAGAUUGAACGAUAAUCAAACAAUUUUUUACAGGUUCGUAUUCAUUUUAUCUUUAGUUUUGUAUUUGGAAACACGAAAUUCUCCAUCUUCUGCAGGGGUCAUUUUAAUUCUUGCCCCCUUUUUAACUUUGUUGCAUUGCGAGUGUUCGGCUCAAUCGUUGAAGGCCCCAAAGAAAGGUUAUGUAUCAAGGUCUUAAGUUAGAUGUGUAUCUUUUGAUCGGCUCCCCUUUGGUAUAGCCUAUUUCCCACCCUUUACACGUGAAACAUUUCAAGUGUUUGCCCACACUUGCGUUCAAAUCAAUCUUAAGUUAAGCAGCCUAAAAUUCCAGGUUUGAGUUAGCACAAUUUAAAGUACAAAAACCGCAAUAGGAGGGCAAAAAUUCUUUUUUUUCAUCGUUAAGAUGAAGUUUACCCACAUUGCAAAGCGUUAUAAAGGCUCGUCACGUGAUUUAAUUUAUUCACUUAUUUAUUAAAAAUCGAGCACACAACUCAUCAUUCAUUCCGCUGUCCUUAAUUGCAUUAUUUUUAAUCAUCGUCACCCAUAAUUUUGCACACCCCUUUUAAUUUUAAACUAGUCAUAGCAUUUAUUUAUUGCAUAGUUUAUGGUUUUACGGGUUCGGCUGUAUAUUUACAGCUCUAGAAUAUACAGAAUCAUGGUAAAAAAAAAUAACUGCCCAUGAGCGUCAUGGCCAAUUGUUACGAGAUUCCUCCUGAUAGUCCCUCUGCUGAAAUCUCCAAAAUCCGUGGCUAGAAUCUCCGGAAGAAAACGUUCCAAAAUGAAUUUUAUGCAGGAUUUUUUUUUUUUUGGCAAAAUUUUCAGCAAAUUGUGGGAUUUAGUAUUGUAAAUCCUGAUUCAUGAUGGAUUCUUGCUGCGUUAGGCAUGGAGAUUUCUUGCUACUAGCUUGUUUACUUUGCCAAAUUGCUACUUCUAUGGUUAAAGUUGGGCACAUUCCGGAUUUUGGCACCCUUAACUUUAAAUUAUUCCAUUCAAAAUCAAUUUUUUGAAGCUCCAAAAUGGGAUUUUGAUAAAGCCAAAUUGCAUUUUUACGAAUGUCGUAAUGAAGAAACGAUAAAUCGUUAGUUAGAAUCAAAAUUUUUAAAAAUAAUAAAAAAU